AUGAAGAGCUCAUCACUUCUUAUAGCAGCCUUUAUGGUGAUGCUAUUAAUGGUGAUGAGAGAAGCGCCUAUUGUAGCAGAGGCGGUAGCUUGUGAUCCGGUUAAGUUACUCCCAUGUGCACCAGUCAUCUCGGGUCAACCACCAAGCAUAGAAUGUUGUAAUGCACUAAAAGAAAUGAAGGAUUGUCUUUGUACCUUCUUGAAAAAUCCGGAAUACAAACAGUAUCUUCCUUUAGCAAAAAAAGCUCUUGCCGCAUGUGGUAUUCCUUUUCCUCAUUGUUAG